AUGUCACAUUUUUAUGAAUACAAAGAUCUAAUAAAAGAAGGCGAUUUAGUACUCGCUUGGCUUUCGAGAGAUAACUUAAAACCAAUCAUCGUGAAAGCUGGCGAAGUAUUCAAUACACGUUACGGUGCAUUCCAACACAAUGACAUGAUUGGGAUGCCAUUCGGAUCUCAAAUUGCAAUUCGUACCAAAGGUUCUAACAAGUUCGGUUUCAUCCACAUUCUUCAACCUACCCCAGAAUUAUGGUCUAUUUCAUUACCUCACAGAACGCAAAUCGUUUACACUCCAGAUUCAUCAUACAUCAUGCAACGUAUGCAAUGUAGUCCGUAUUCUAGAGUAAUAGAGGCAGGGACGGGUUCUGGUUCUUUCUCGCAUGCGUUUGCCAGAACAGUUGGACAUUUGUUCUCCUAUGAAUUUCAUGAAGUGAGAUAUGAACAGGCAAAGCAAGAAUUCGAGGAUCAUGGGUUAUUAGCCAGCGGAAACACCACCAUAACGCAUCGUGAUGUCUGUAAAGAGGGGUUCGAAAUUCGCAAGGGUGACACAACCUCACAUGUGUUUAGUGAAGAGGAUGAAAACGAAAAAGUGGAGAUCGCCGCUGACUGUGUGUUUUUGGACCUUCCGGCUCCGUGGGAGGCUGUCUUAAACCUAGAUUCAGUUAUAUCUAAAGGUAAAAAAGUUAACCUAUGCUGCUUCUCUCCUUGCAUUGAACAAGUGGAUAAAACAAUAGAAGUGUUGGAAGAAAAUGGAUGGCAUGAUAUAGAAACUGUCGAGAUCCAAGGAAGACAAUAUGAAGCCAGAAGACAAAUGGUCCGUAAGUUAGACGAUGCUAUAGAAAGACUAAAAGAUGUUAAGAGAAGAAAACAAAAUGCAUCAGAAAGGCGCCAAAAAAAUGUAGAACAAAACUCAGAGACAGAAACGUCUCAAGAACCAAAGGAAGGUUCUGAUGAAUCGAAGCCUACGGAGAAGACCAAUUUUAACCCAUUCGGAAAAGGAACGCGUGUAAAAGAGGGCGAUCCAAAUUACGAAUGGAUACAGGUUUCGAAAAUAGAAUCUGAAAUUAAAUCACAUACUUCAUUCUUGACAUUCGCCUCUAAAGUUGUCGACCUAACUAGAGAUGAUGCGCAAGUUCAAUCUUACUUAUCGGCGUUUGAAGAAGAAACCAAAACGUUGAGUAAAAGAGAACAACGUAGGCUAAAGGCUCUCGCAAAUAAGGAAAAAAAACAAUAG